AUGGUGAAGCAAAGGCGGGCAAAGCGUGACAAAGAUCAGGUCGUGACCUUCGACCCUGCCAGCAGGGAGUCCUUCCUUGCCGGCUUCCGAAAAAGAAAGCAGGAUCGCAGAAAGUGGGCUGUUCGCGAGAUCAUCGAGAAAGAGCGACAGGACCGCAUUGAAGCCAAGAAGGACCACCGGCAGGAUGUGAAGCAACGCUGGAAGGACUUGCAGCGGGCGGAGAAGCGAGUGGAAGCGCUGCUGGGCCCGGAUGAGGAAGUUGGCUGGUUGGGAGACCUUCAAGCUGAGAAGAUCAGGGACGAAGAGGUUCCUGUGACCGUGGCUUUCCAAGCAGAGGAUGAUGAUCCUUUUGGCGACUGCGAAGUGACAACGACUGUAGCAGGAGUCUCAGAUGGGGCUGGUGGGCAUUUGCCUUUGGCCUUGAUUGGGAAGAGUGGCAGCGCGCUGUCCUUGAUUGGAGGUCAGGCCGGACUGCUCCGGGACUUGACCGGCAUCCCGCAGGAAGAUCCCAAAGCCAGGACGAAGAGGCGAUUCAUCUCAAGCGAGAAGGAAGAGAACCGUCGUCAAGCGGCGCUGGACAAGACAGUGUCGAAGAAGCUCUCCACGAAGAACAAAGGCCCUGCCAAGAAGAACAAGCGGGCCAAGGGCUCCAAGGGUGGUAAGCGCAAAGUCGGCAGAAAAGAGCGGCGGAAGCGGAUGAAGAAGCGCGGUGGUUGA